CUCUCCAGAUCGUGAACAUGAUGGCUCCAGCUCCUCUGCGGUUAGCCACGAGGCUGGCCUCGCGAAGACCUGCACAUAUAUUCCUAUCAGCGUCUCCAUCACCAUCACAUCGGUUACCUAGAUUAUACAAUUGCAGUCCAUCUUUCAAGCGUUCUUUCCAAACCGAAGCUACCCCACCAUCAUCAGCCACGAGCAUACCGGAAUUCGCUUUCGCUUUUGAUAUCGAUGGCGUCCUCUUACGAAGCUCCGAUCCGCUCCCGCGGGCCCACAAGACCCUCUCGUACCUCCAAUCCCAAGAUAUACCCUUCAUCCUACUCACCAACGGCGGCGGCAAGCAUGAAUCAGAGCGCGUAUCCGAAUUGAGCCGCAAGCUCUCGGUGCCCAUGGACACCAGCAUGUUUGUGCAGAGCCAUACCCCUUUCGCCGACAUGCACACGUACAAGGACAAAACCGUCAUGGUAGUCGGAGGCGAUUCAGACAAAUGCCGCGUUGUAGCAGAACAGUACGGCUUCAAAACCGUCAUCACACCGGGCGAUGUUCUUGCCGCGUACCCAGACAUCUGGCCCUUCUCACAGCAAAUUUUGCCUUACUACAAGGACUUCACGCGUCCGCUCCCCGCACCAAUCGACCCAUCCUCGCCUUCCACAUCCCUCAAAAUCGACGCCAUCUUCGUCUACAACGACCCACGAGACUGGGGCCUCGACACGCAGAUCAUAAAGGACGUGCUGCUUUCGCAGCAAGGCAUCAUGGGCACUUUAUCAUCAAAGAACGGUGACCCUAACCUCCCAAACAAAGGCUACCAGCAGGACGGCCAACCGCCGCUCUACUUCUCCAAUCCGGAUCUUCUGUGGGCCGCGAAAUACCACCUCCCGCGGCUGGGUCAGGGCGGGUUCCGCGAGGCCCUUGAGGGCGUAUGGGCAGCGCUAACCGGUGGCCCGCAAAACGGUGUCGAGCUCCACAAAACUGUCAUGGGGAAGCCGCACCGCCCCACAUACGAGUUUGCGGAAAAGCGACUUGUUGCGCACCGCGAACAUAUUCUAGCGAAACACGCUACGACGAGUGAACUCAAGAGAGUGUAUAUGGUGGGUGAUAACCCCGAGAGCGAUAUCGCGGGCGGGAAUGGGUAUGAGAGCCCGCUUGGUACAGAUUGGGUCAGUGUUCUCGUGCAGACGGGAGUCUAUGUCGAAGGGAGUACGCCUGCGCAUCGCCCUAGGCAAAUUGUGGGGGACGUGUGGGAUGCGGUUUCUUGGGCUGUCGCGCAGGAGAAGUGGAAGGAUGGCUUGUGAUGAGAUGACGGAUAGCAAUCGAAGAUGGGAAAGGAGUCUUGAAUAGUGGUCUUGGGCUUGUAAAGCGUGGAGAGGUGCACUUUGAAUUCUUGGUUUAAUCGUUCUGUUUGCUUCUUUCUCCUUCAUUGUAUUAUCUAUCUUUUCUUUGAAUAUUUCUGCUAUUUGUAUAUAGUGCCGUCACCGAAAGACAAAAUUGUGAAUAUUGCUUUUUUUUCGUAAGCUCCUGUGAAAACAAAAGCUUGUGUCAAGGCCAAUAUUCGCAAUUUUCCUUUCAGUAAUCGCCUGGUUUUCUGUAUUCUAUUCAUUGUUACAAUUAUAUUGCUGUGUGUAGGAUCAUCCAAACUUUUAGCAUCCCUUCUCUUC